AUGGCCUCGAUUAAAUGGAAUUUAUUUGAUGAUUUUUUUUGGAAUAGGCUACUUUUAGUUUCCUUUACUUUACACUUUGUGUUAGUUCACAUUUUUUUACCAGGAGACCCAAUUGGCCCUAUUAAAAUCCAUUUAUUUAGUAUAAUAUCUCACACCCUCGAUUCUUCUAGUCACUGCAAUAUAAUCUGCAUUAUUUUAUUCUUUUAUAAGUUUAGUUGCUCUGAACCAAUCUCCUUGAAAGGAAAUAGGAAAAUGGAAAUGUAUUCGAAAAAAAAUGCUUUACUUCUAAAGUCCUAUUUACAUCAGAAGUUCACAAGCUGUAUUUUAAUGAAAGGAAUUCAAUUUUAUCUAAGGUUCUGUUAUAGUGCUUUUAGUCAUUCCUGGAGUAAAAAUAAGCUGUACUGUUUUGGGAUAACACUUCAACUAAAAAACACGAUUAGACUUUCAUUAAAUAAAGUGGAACAACCCACAAAUUUCCUGAUAUUUUGA